AUGGGAUAUCAAGGAAAAGAUUUAAAAGAAUAUGGAAUAAAAAUUGAAAUUGUAAGAGGUAUCUGUGAAGAUUUUUGGGUGCAUCAAGACACUCCACCGGAAUUAUUAGCCCAACGAGACCCAGGACAUUUAAAGUGCAGCCCAAGGGGGGGGGCUUGUAGAAGACUUUUGAUUGGAUCAAUAGGGAUAGGAAGCUAUCGAAAGAAUGUGAUUUACUUAUAACAUCUACUGAAUAUUUAAUAUAUUUGGCCAUAAGUAGGGCUGUACUAAAAGGGAAAUAUACUUGAUUAAUGGUUUGUGAACAACCUUAAACCAUACAGCCCCACUAUAUAACUAUAUAUUAUCCUCGUUUAAGGAGUUAUUAUGUGACAAGUAUUACAUGGGUGCGCCAAAACAAUAUAGGAGGUGUGUAGAGUAAUACAAAACAGUAAAGAGAGUAUAGCAAAGCUUGCAGAGCACUAUAAUCUUAAUCCGAAGGCUAUUGUAAAAUGGAAAAAACGCUCAUUUGUUAUAGACGCUGCAAUUGGCCCAAAACAUGGAAAAUCAAAGAUGUCAACUCAAGGGGAAGAAGCAAUAAUUGUCACUUUUCGCAAGCAUAUACUUCUUCCUUUGGACAAUUGCCUUUAUUCUUUGCGGGCCAUAAUUCCUUGUUUAACUCGGUCUAGUUUGCAUCAUUGUUUGCAAAGACACGGCAUUAGCAUACUGUCAGAUGUUGAAGGAGAGAUAAAAGCCAAAAAGAAAUUCAAGCUAUGUCCAAUCGGUUAUUUCCAUAUUGAUAUCGCAGAAGUUAUAACAGAAGAAGGGAAGUUACAGCUAAACUUGCUUAUGUUAAACUGCAUAAUAACGCUAUAA